AUGGCUGGAGAUCUAAAUGCACGUAACAUCCUUUGGGGAGACACUACCACAAAAAUUAAGGGCAAGCUUCUCAAAAGAUGGGAAGAAAACAAUGGCAUCCAAUACAGGACAAAAAUCUACCCACCAUCCACGGCCACCUUCCCCAGUGCCAACUUCUUCCUAGACCUCUGCAUAGCCGAUAAUAGACUCCCAAUCAGCAACCUAGUUAAUAAUAAAAUAGAAACCUGCAACUACAAUAGUAACCACAAAGCUCUCGUAAUUAACAUCAGCCUUGACGACAAUCUAAAUCACACAAAUCCCUCCGCAAAUCACAGAUACAUCUACAAAAAAACAAAAUGGUCAGUUUUUACUAGAAAACUCAAAAAUAUUUACAAUGUCCCAGUACCUCACAAUACCAACCUCACCAACACAGAAAUUAACGUAAUGAUAGAAGAAAUUGAUAAGACAAUCAUAAAAGCAAUUGAAAAAUAUGUACCAAAAUACAAACCACAAGACAAUGUUCUUAAUUACGUCAAUUUYAAAAUCAAAAAAUUACACAAAUACAAAUCAUACCUCGUCUCAUCCCUCAACAAAUCUUACAGGACAACAUAUCCACACAACAACCAACACUCCCCACCAUAUCUCAAAUACCUCAUACACAAAAUUAAUGACAUACUUAAGAACGAAUACAGAACAGCCUACGUAAAAUACUGGGACACACAGUUUAAAUCAAUAAACCACAGGAGCUCCGAAUCCUUUUUCCCAAAGCUAAAUAGAUUUUUCAGACCAAAAAAGCCAAUAUCCAUCAACACUAUCUCAAUAGAYCUYAACAAAAAUCACUUGCUASACCGWUUCAAUUGUAACACAUCCGAAUUACCCGUAAUUGAUAAUAAGUACCUCCUACAAAACCCACAAGACAUCCUCAAUACGAUAGGAGCCUUCCUAGAAACCAUAAAUGCUCCUAGGUACUUAAAUAAUGGCACAGCCCUCAAAAGAACAGUCGAYACAAAAGUAGAARRACUUACAAWYMACUUUAAAAAURRRGAGCAACAGAAACUAACUAUUACCCMAUUCAGUGAARCAAACCCAGCAUUCUACCCCUCACAACAGGCUAACAACACAUAUUUUCACAACAUAACCCMAGUUCAUAAAAUUAUCUCCUCACUACCAAACAAAACCUCAUCUGGUCUAGAYAACAUUCCCCCAAUAGUCUUAAAACACUUACCUGACACUAUAAUACGCGACUACACAACCAUAUUCAAUAACUGCCUCAAUAACCGAUAUUUUCCAGAAUCCUGGAAAAAAUCCAAAAUCCUGCCUCUGCUCAAAAAGAAUAAACCACCCGAGGACGUAGCCAGCUACCGCCCAAUCAGUCUAACCCCAGCAAUCAGUAAAGCGUUUGAGGCUGUCAUUAAUAACAUAAUCAAAUCACACUCCUCAUCGAACAAUAUAAUUCCUGAUAACCAGUUCGGUUUUAAAAGGAACCACUCCACAACUCAUGCUAUACACAAAAUCAUCACGGACAUAAAUCGACAUCUUCAUAGAGGAGAGGUKAUAGGUGCAUGCCUAAUAGAUCUAGAACGAGCCUUCGAUUCAGUUUGGAUAAAUGGUCUCAUAUAUAUCCUAAACAACCUCGAAUUUCCUGAAGAUUUAAUACACUUGGUCUGGAACAUGACCAAGGACAGGAAAUUCGUAACAUGGAAUGGAGACACAUUCUCUUCUGCUACCUUCAAUAUAAUUGAAGGCCCUAUGCAAGGCACACAUUUGCCGACGACCUCAUAA